CUGAGAACUGUGAAGAGAUGUCAUGGCUACUGACAGGAGCUCGUUCAUAGUCAAACAGGACGUUCGACUGAGUCCCUGCUCGAUGUCAGCCGAAUCAAAAGAGGCCCCGACGAACGGCGACAGCAACUCGUUCGUCGAGGUCUACAGUGCUGAAAAUAAUGGACAGCAAUUUCGGAAGGCUGUCAAAGUAAAUUUGACGCCGAGUGCAAUUCCUAAAAGAAGACAAGAGCUGCUUAAAUGGAACGGAUGGGGGUACGCGGACUCAAAAUUCGCCGUGAGGAAAGGAGUAAUUUGGUUCACUGGCAACAGAUAUCCAAUUGGAGAGUUAGAGUUGCCUUAUUUCACCCAGUGGACAAAAGAUGUGUUCAACGUGGACUUGAGCAAGCCAAUCACACCGCAACAACCUACUUCAAAAUUCCCUGAUCCCAUCAUUAACACCGAUUUCAUGGCAGAAAUUAGAAAAUGCAACUUGGCGAUAUCUGAUGAUGGCAUGGACCGGCUGUUUAGAGCACACGGACAUACACUCCAUGACAUCUAUGUCUUGCGAGUUGGGAUGUUUGCCAGAAUCCCAGACUUGGUUAUCUGGCCAGACUCUCAUGAUGAAGUGGUAAAAAUCGUUGAACUUGCCACUAAGUACAAUGUUGUGAUCAUGCCGUAUGGAGGAGGAACCAGCGUCACUUGUGCUAAUUCUUGUCCUGAGGAGGAAAAAAGAAUGAUCGUGUCUCUGGACAUGUCUCAAAUGAAUCGAAUUCUGUGGCUGGACCAGGACAAUCUUGUGGCUUGCAUUGAAGCUGGGAUCAUUGGCCAAGAUUUGGAGAAGGAGCUUAAAUUCCAUGGUUUCACGACUGGCCAUGAGCCAGACUCCCAUGAGUUCUCCAGUCUUGGCGGAUGGGUGGCCACGAGAGCGUCUGGAAUGAAGAAGAAUGUGUACGGCAAUAUCGAAGACCUGCUUGUGCAUGUGCGGAUGGUCACUCCGACUGGCGUAUUGGAGAAGCAUACGCAGGGCCCACGAGUUUCAAUUGGACCUGAUUUUAACCACGUGGUGCUUGGCUCAGAGGGCACCCUUGGCGUCAUCACAGAAGUCGUCCUCAAGAUUCGUCCUCUGCCGGCGUGCAAGAAGUACGGCUCAAUCAUCUUCCCUGAUUUUGAAUCUGGGGUGAAUUGUAUGAGAGAAAUUGCUAAGAAGCGGUGCCAGCCAGCAUCAAUUCGAUUGGUUGAUAAUGAGCAGUUUAAGUUUGGGCAAGCUUUAAAAGCAGAGCCCAGUUUCUUUGGCCACAUAACUGAUGGAUUCAAAAGGUUUUAUGUCACAAAGAUGAAAGGAUACAAUGUUCACAAGAUGGUUGUUGCCACCCUCUUGUUUGAAGGUGAGCAAAGCACUGUUGAAAACCAGGAGAAAAUGGUUUACGAAAUUGCGCAUCAGUUUGGCGGCAUGCCAGCAGGCGAAGUCAACGGCCAAAGAGGAUACACGCUCACUUUUGUUAUAGCUUACAUUAGAGAUCUUGGGUUUGACUUCAACAUUGUCGCUGAGUCUUUCGAAACUUCUGUCCCGUGGGAUAGAACACUAUCCUUGUGUAGAAACGUUAAAGGACGAGUAGCUGCAGAAUGCAAAGCCCGGGGUAUUCUCCACUAUUUGAUGACCUGUCGAGUAACCCAGACCUAUGAUGCUGGCUCUGUGGUUUACUUUUACUUCGCCUUCAAUUAUGGUGACAUGCCGGACCCUUGCCAUGUCUAUGAAGAAAUCGAAGAGGCAGCAAGAAACGAAAUCUUGGCCAGUGGUGGAAGUCUAUCUCACCACCAUGGGAUCGGCAAGGUGCGGAAAAAGUGGUAUAGGCAGCAGGUCUCCAGUCAGGGGGUGCACUUGUUCCGCGCAAUCAAGCACAAGUUGGACCCCACCAACAUUUUUGCUAGUGGCAACCUGGACUCUGGCGAGUUGCAGGCCAAGUUGUGAGUCCACUGUUUUCAUUUUUUCUUGCCAAAUUUCAUUGUGAUCAUGAUAAUGUUUUUCACAACACCAAAUAUCCUGUUCCUUAUAAUUUGCAAGUUAAUUUACAUACUAAAAAAUAAUCAUUCCAAUUUUGAUUGGUAAUUUUUUGCCAUUCAUAUUUGCUCUUGUGUAAGCAUUCUUGAUUAGCUGCUUAUUAGUCAUCUACAAAUAUAUUUGAUAUAGUAACUGAUGGUGCUAACAUUGUGUUAGUCAAGGCACCGUCAUUUUGAGUCACUUUGAUGUUUUAAUUUUAAAUGCAUUCAGUCAAAUUAACCUAAACGUAGCCUGAUGUUAAUUAAUUUAUAUUGUUGUACAUUGGCCACACUGGAGCGUGUUCGUCUAAUAGAAAAGCAUAGUAUUAUUUCAGUAUUUGGAUUUGAGCGUAUGUGAUGGUGCAAUCAAAUACGUAUACCCCCUGCAUUUUGAAGAAUCUAUUAAAAAAACGCACUCUCAGUAUUCUAUUUUAUUUUGUUUUUCAAUAACCUCGGUAUAUAUAUAUAUAUCGAAAAAAUAUGAUCCCAUCUUCGCAAAGCUACCUUAAUUUUUAGGUUACAUUAUCGCGUAGAAAGUAUUAAAAUGUUGCUAUAAGUAUUCCUGCUGAACCACCAGGAUCUCCUAUUAUGUUACCCAGAAACCUAAUUCUGUAGUCUUGUUGCUGCGAUAUAGCGUUUGCUUUGUAACUCUUGUCAUUACCCAACAGAAAUGUUUACAAAAUAAACCAGUUUUUCUUAUGUGUGUACAAAUCAA